AUGGAUAAAUCCUCCCCCGACUGCCCUUACCCUGGCUGCUUUUUCUGCGUGAUGAAGGAGUCGAACCCCACCAAACGCCGAUCGGCCCUCCUCAAAUUCUUUCGUGACCUCCCGUCCCAAGACGACGAUGGCCAAGUUCUCCCGAUCAGCGGCCUCUGGAACACUGCCAUGGCCCACCCGAACGACCCCGAAUUUAUCGACCUCGGAAUAUUCGACUGCAUGUCGGCCCUCAUUUGCAAAGGGCUCCGAAACCGCCGAUGGCUGGCCCACGACCAAAACGUGUACAUCCCUUACUACGCCGCGCACAUAAUCGGCUCCUACACGAUGAACGUCGAGUCGUUUGCCGAGGCUGCUGUCCAGGCUGGCGCUAUACCCCCUCUAAUCGAGCUUCUCCGCGGAAGACUCACGUGGGUCGAGCAGCGGGUGGCCGUGCGGGCCCUCGGCCACCUCGCCACCUACGCCACCACUUUCCCAGCCGUGGCUGCUCACACAGAAGUCCUCGAGCUCGCCAUCCAGCUGGCGGCCAGCUCGCUCGAGAUUGUGUACACACACUUCUACCGGGACCCGGGCCGGAGGCUCGGGUACCACUGUGACUUGCUCACGCGGGGCAUGGGUGGAGUCGAGAUGGAGUCGAGGAAAGCCGAGGAGUGGGCCAGCCAGCUCCAGUGCUGGUCCUUGCAGCUGAUUAAUUGUUUCGCGUUUAAGGCCGAGUUUUUGCCGGAUAUUUGCAAGCCGGAGUUUUUAACGAGGCUGCCGGGCUUGUGGGGCGGGCUCGUGAACGAGAAUUCACCGGCUGGGAUUGGGCUGCUGCGGACGAUUUGUCAUCAUAAGCUUGGGAGGGGGCCUGUGGCUGCCUGUCCUGGGGUUGUGGAUGCUUUGUGUAAUAUAGCUCGGUCUUCAGAUGAUUGGCAGUAUAUGGCGAUCGAUUGCCUACUUUGGUUGCUCCAGGACCCGAGCACCUGCCAUAAGGUCAGUGAAAAGGCGGUACCCGUACUCAUAGACCUCGCGGACAUAACCACACUUGGGGACCACAAGAAGCUCGGGGACUCGAUAAUCAACGCCCUCGAGGAAUACAUUCAGUCUCCCGGGCUGCCGGGCCGCGGCUCGAUCAUCAGCCUAGUCAAAUCAGAAGUCGAGGAACUCCUAGCCCUUCGCCAGAGGCUGAAAUGGGAAAAAAACAUGCCUAAAGAAGACCUCCACAUAAAACAUGCUGCCGCUUUAGUAGUGAAGCUCGAAGGAAACUCUCUCUUCUCUGCCGGAGACAUUUCGGGGGCCGCCUCAAAAUAUUCGGAAGCACUCUCCCUUUGCCCCGUUAGGUCCAAGAAAGAAAGAGUUGUACUUUACAGCAAUCGAGCCCAAUGCCACCUGUUGCUUCAGAAGCCUCUGGCGGCCAUAAGCGAUGCCACGCGCGCACUUUGCCUCCACAGUCCGGUCAACCGCCACGCGAGGAGCCUGUGGAGGCGGGCCCAGGCUUACGACAUGCUCGGUAUGGCUAAAGAGAGCCUUUUGGAUGCGAUCCUGUUUGUGAACGAGUUUUCGCAGUCGGCAGACCCCGAUCUUUCGUUGAGGCAGAAUAAAGUCCCAGAUUAUGCCGAGCGGCUCGUGAGGAAACAGAUGAGGGCCGCGUGGCUGUUUCGGGAGGCUGCAGCUAAGCAUGGUGGUGUUUUGUGUGAGGGUGGUGGUGGGCACGGUGAUGGAUGUGGUGGACAUGAGAGUGAUGAUUCAGAGUGGGAGACUGCGAGUGAGAGUGAUAUGGGGAAUGAUGAUGGUGAUGGUGAGGAGAAGGGUGAAUCGGGUGAUGAUGGUUUCGGGAGGAAGGAGAGAGGUGGGAAAGCUUCGAUGAGAGAUAUGAAGCAUGGAUACGAUUUGCAGCUUACUGAGGAUGAAGCAUGA